AUGGGUGACUGGAGCUUUCUUGGGCGGCUCUUGGAAAAUGCGCAGGAACACUCGACAGUGAUCGGCAAAGUCUGGCUGACGGUACUCUUCAUUUUUAGGAUUCUGGUGUUGGGAGCGGCAGCUGAGGAGGUCUGGGGCGAUGAACAGUCGGACUUCACCUGCAACACUCAGCAGCCUGGCUGUGAGAACGUCUGCUACGAUGAGGCCUUCCCCAUCUCCCACAUCCGCUUCUGGGUGCUCCAGAUCAUCUUCGUGUCCACGCCGACGCUCAUCUACCUGGGCCACGUCCUGCACAUCGUUCGUAUGGAGGAGAAGCGGAAAGAGCGUGAGGAGGAGUUGCGAAAGGCCAGCCGGCUCCAGGAGGAGAAAGAACUCCUGUAUAGAAAUGGAGGGGGAGGGGAGCCUGGUGGACGGGGUGGGGGCGGCAAAAAGGAAAAGCCGCCAAUCAGAGACGAGCAUGGCAAAAUCCGCAUUAGAGGUGCCUUGUUGCGCACCUACGUGUUCAACAUCAUUUUCAAGACCCUGUUUGAAGUGGGGUUCAUUUUAGGUCAGUAUUUCCUCUAUGGUUUCCAGUUGCGGCCCCUGUAUAAGUGUGCGCGGUGGCCUUGCCCCAACACGGUGGACUGCUUCAUUUCCCGGCCUACAGAAAAGACCAUCUUCAUCAUAUUUAUGCUUGUGGUGGCUUGCGUGUCCCUUUUGCUGAAUUUGUUAGAAAUCUAUCACCUCGGAUGGAAGAAGGUCAAACAGGGCAUGACCAAUGAGUUUGCCCCGGACCGUGAAUCGCUGCCUGAGGCGGACGAAGCUGAGCCCGAGUCCCCCAGAACUGCGCCUCCAACCCUCAGCUACCCGCCAGACUACACGGAAGUGGCGGUGGCGGGUGGCGCGUUCCUCCAGCCUGUGUCAGCGCCCUCCACCGCAGAGUUUAAGAUGGACCCUUUGCGCGAGGAGCUUGAGGAGUCCUCACCUUUCUACAUCAGCAACAACAACAACCACAGGCUAGCUGCUGAGCAGAACUGGGCCAACCUGGCCACCGAGCAGCAGACUCGGGAGAUGAACGCCACCUCCCCCUGCUCUUCCUCCUCAUCUUGCUCCUCUGAUAACGUACGGCAAUCCAAAGAUGCCGCUCAGCUUGCCAGCACCCCCUCCUCUGCUGGUGGUGGUUUAAGCACUGGGCCGGAGGAGGGGCACGUCACCACCACGGUGGAGAUGCACGAGCCGCCCGUCAUUUUCACUGACGCUCGACGACUGAGCAGGGCUAGUAAAGCCAGCAGUGUGAGAGCGAGGCCCAAUGAUCUGGCGGUGUAG